AGAGAUGGUAUUUUUAAGUGGUAUUUUUAAUUUACGGUACAAUCUAUACAUUCGUCUUGUUAGAAAUGUUCGCCUUCACUCAACAGAAUAGUUUGCUACAAUCAAUCUAACAUGUCAUCACUUUUUUUCUCGUUUUUCGAAACAUUGUGUGACCGUGUUGGGUGCACGAGCUCUCACGGCACCGCGUCAUAGUGACGUCACAGAGAGCUGCGGCCGGAUAGGCGGGUUUUCUCGUGACGCUACGCAAGACAGUGACGUCGACCAAUCUGCGAUGACGCCAACGCAGGAGCCUUAAAGGGCCAGUCACCAAGUCUAUGAAACUCGCGCCCAAAUUACGAUGAAUUAUUAAUUUACUGUCAUGCAUUUUGUAACCUAGUGGCUUAACUUUCCACUUAAUUAUUGCUACUCCAAUUUCCACUCCCCCUCUUAAUGUCCGAAAUGGACUCGCCUGCUGUCCCGAAACCCCUCCCCCGCCCAUUCGCGGCGUCCCUCUUCUGCAGCAGCGGGCCGCGCGCAGGAAGGAAGUCAUCGCGCACGGCAGCAGCCAGUCGGCGGCUUGUGCGGCUAGAAUGACAUAACGGGUGAAAAAGAGGAAGAGGAAGAAGAGAAACUAAGCAUCGACGCAAAAAAAAAUUAAGCCUUUACACAUCUACUUGCCCAACGAUGCUCAUCAAGGAAUUUCGGGUGAUUCUUCCCAUCUCCGUGGAAGAGUACCAAGUGGGCCAGCUGUACUCGGUGGCCGAGGCCAGCAAGAAUGAGACUGGAGGCGGCGAAGGCGUGGAGGUGCUAAAAAAUGAGCCCUACGAGAAGGAUGGCGAGAAGGGGCAGUACACGCACAAAAUCUAUCACUUGCAGAGUAAAGUGCCGUCCUUCGUCAGAAUGUUAGCUCCGGCCUCCGCCCUCAACAUCCACGAGAAAGCCUGGAACGCGUACCCGUACUGCCGCACAGUCAUCACUAACGAAUACAUGAAGGAGAACUUCCUGAUCAAGAUCGAGACGUGGCACAAACCUGACUUGGGACGCCAGGAUAACGUGCACGGUUUGGAUGCGGAAACCUGGAAGAAGGUGGAUGUCGUCUAUAUUGACAUCGCUGACAGGAGCCAAGUGGAGCCCAAGGACUACAAGCCAGAGGAGGAUCCCUGCAGGUACAAGUCAGUCAAGACGGGACGAGGCCCUCUUGGACCGGAUUGGCGGAAAGAGCUCCCCAACAAGAAAGACUGCCCACACAUGUGUGCCUACAAGCUGGUCACGGUGAAGUUCAAGUGGUGGGGUCUGCAGAACAAAGUGGAAAGCUUCAUCCAAAAGCAAGAGAAGCGCCUGUUCACCAACUUCCACCGUCAGUUGUUCUGCUGGAUCGACAAGUGGAUCGACCUGAACAUGGAGGACAUCCGCCGCAUGGAGGAGGAGACGCGAAAGGAGCUGGACGAGAUGCGAGUGAAGGACCCCGUGAAAGGCAUGGUGGCGCUAGAGGACUGAGGUCGACCCCCCACCCCCUCCCCGCCGAGACUGUGAAUGCUGCUGCCGCUCAUCAGACCCGAAUACCGAGACACCAGCGGAUUCACGUCCUCCUCCCAUUCCAACCGACGCAACAUCCGGACGUCCCCUUCCGAAUUCCCAAUCCCGACCCGCCUCCGUUCCAAAAUUCCCUCGCUCGGGUACCUACCGCCUGGUUUUCACGAUGCUGGACCCUAUAAACUCCUCGUCUCUGGUCUCCGUCCUUGCCCCCCAUUCACUGACAGCUCAUCGGAGGUGUCCGAUAGAAAAUCAGUCGAUCCAUUUUGGUCAUCAAUUCAUUCUCAGAACCACCAAGAGUUAUUUAUCUCUGCCAUGUAGGAUUUACUGAAGCUAUUCCGAUGUUGUACAUACAUACGCAUUAUGCCGGGUGGGUGGGGAUUGUAGGGAAUAAUGCAGUAUUUACAUACUGUACAUAUAUAUAUAUAUGAAUAUAGUAUAUCAACAGGGUUUUUAAAAUGGUCUUUUCGGUAAGUCUGACUUUUAUUUCACCCCAUCGGCUGCUAUGUGUGUGUGUUUUUAUUUUCCUCUAUCACGCCUUUGCUUUCCUUUAGCGUGGUUAGCAUGUCGUUUGUCGUUUGAAGCUACAAUCGUACCAAUCGGCACGUUGGAGGUUCCGUUUAUUUGUGCCCUGUCAAUACUCGCUGCUUUGUGACAUUGUACUGUACGUGGCGCGUGCGUGUGACAUUUGUGUGCGUGAUCUUGCAAGUUUGUCCAAAUGAAGCAUUUAGCAUUCAGUUAGGCAGAGAACUAAACAUUCACAUUGUCCGUCGACAAAUUAAUUCAAGUCUUAAAGCCGUGUUUCCACAGUUUGGUGCGCAAUGGCAACGGUUGUGAAGGUAAUCGCGAGAGAGUCACUCGUGAGUUUUAAUUUCCUGAAGUGAUCAUGCCAAGUUCUGGAAAAUUCUGGAGUCCAGCACCUUAGGCUACUUGAUAAAUUAGUUAACAAGCCCAAUUUGGUCAAGUAAAGCUCAUUUUACAAUGCUAAAUAUUGAAAAGGGUACCAAAGACAUUUUACGUACCGAGCUCAGCUAAAGCUCGACAGCUAAAGAUCACAGUGUAUCGUGCGCUAAAGUGUUGAUACGCAGUCGUCUAAAAUAUCGCUGGCAUGUAUGUCUGAUGUACUCUACAUCAAAUUCAAGAUCAAUGAUCGCGUUAACUGUAACUAAAUACAGCGAUAGCUGUGGCUAGCAAAAUGCUAGCAUAUGAGCUAUAUACAGUAUCGCACUGAAUGCGUUAAGUAAUAACGGCUGUAACUUUUUUUUUAGGGUGAUAUCGAACGUUUCUUCAGUAUCAUGAAGCUGUUGGUAUCAUUUGGAAAUAAAAUUGUAUCGCGACGGGACUGAACUGGAUCGCUGAGCGGUGGGAACGCGGCUUUAGCCAGUCACCUUUUCUCCAGUGGAUAAACGAGCUUAUCCAGCAAUAGCAAUAACUGCCAUGAUGACAAAAAAAAAAUAGUCUACAAUUUAGUGUUUUUGUUUUGGGGGAUUUAUUUGAGGUUUUUUUUCCAGACUGAACGGUGUCCGGUUGUUUUUGCAGUGUGCAUGUGUGUACGUGUACGUGUACGUGUGUGUAUGUGUGUGUGUGUGUGUGUGUGGGGUGUUUAGUGAUGUGAUCGUUUCUGUUGUACGUUGGUACAAAAUGUCCAAGCAAGAAGCCGACUCAUUUAACAUUUGAAUGCAAUAUGUCAAGAAACUUUAACGAUAUUGGAUUAAAUAACGAGAUCACGUGUUUAAGAUAACGAAUCAGCACAUGUUUCAUUGUCAAUUCUCCAAAUUUCUUCAGGCUUCCAUAAAGCAUUUUACUGUACUGCCUGCACAAGGACUACAUUGCGGGACUGUAUAAAAACAACAUAUUUAAUAUAUUUUUGUUUUUUGUUUUGUUUUGGUUUGAAAUGUUGUAGUGCUGUUGUCAUUCCGAGCUAAACUUUGCUAAGCGGCAAACCACCACUUGAGAAUCAACAUUUACGGUCAUUCAAAUUAAAGGCCAGAAAUAUAACCGUAUCACCCCC